AUGAGUUUAUUAUAUUCACUUGAACCAGUAGCAAGAUAUCUAAGCAGGUCAAAUAAUCCAGUUAAUUCACAAUCUCGGCCAGACCAAUACGCUUCUCAAGGCCCUUACUCCAAGGCUCAGCAGCAGAAUGACGAACCAUCCAAUUUUUUUACAAACCCAAGAGGUGAAUAUGAUUCGCGAAGAGCUCAGCUGGCAGACGAUUAUCGAAAAGAAAUACAAAAAGCAUCGCAGGAAAGAGAAAAAAUCAGUAGACGAGGAAGAAUCUUGGAAAAAGAAGAUUCAUACAUGCCGAAUACCCAAAAUAGAGAAGCAAGGCCAUACCCUGUCCAAGAAUCUACAGCUUUCAGAAGGGAUGAAAAUCAGUUUCCAAAGCAGUUUGGAUCCCAAGACUCAGGUUAUCAGCCUAACGGUUACUCUUUAGAAGGGAUGCAAUACCAAAAUGCAAGCAUUCCCUAUCAAAAUUUCUCACAACCAAGCCAAUAUCAGACUUCAAAAAAGCCUGAAGCCAAACAAGAGUCAUCAGAAGAAUAUUUUCCUUUUGGGAGACCAGGCGCUGGAGCACCCAUGAGAGACAGCCAAGGACGAAUUGUGACUAAAAGACCAGCAGGAUUUACAAACAACAAAGGAGAUCCUGCAGGAACAAUAAAAUUUGAAAAACAAUACGAAAGCAGCAUGUAUCAAGACAAAAGAGAAACCUUAAAAGAUGACUGAAGAAAAGCACUAAAUGAUCAAAUGAUAGAAAAGAAAAAGAAGACUGAAGAAGAUAAAGCGAGGAAAUUGUUAGAAGAAAGAAUUGAAGAAGCCAAAAUUAUGAGGGAACAAAAAGAAUUGGAAAAGAAAUUCAGGCAUGAGAUAAAAUAUGAAAGAGGAGAAGUAGCGACUCCUUCUGACAAAACUGAGCGCACGUCUCAAGUCGUAUUUCAAGAUGCUAACUCCCCCUCCUCUAUGAGCGAACCAAAAAAUUUUUGCUCGCUCACAAGAAGUGAAUUUUUAUUUUUAAAAAAAUUUAUAUAUAAAUUUUAUUUGUUUUUUUCAUUAUUCCUAUUCGUAAAAUUGAGAAAUAAAAAUCAAUUUAAUCUAUAAAUUUAUGUUUUAAAAAGCAAUUGUUUAGAAUUAAAUAGAAUUAGCUCACUUAUAUCAAAAUUUUCAGUAAAAAAUUUGUAUAUCAAAAAAUUUUUUGUUUGCUCACGGAGUGCUAGUUUUUGAGCAAAAAAUAGGGAUUUUUCCAAUGGUUUUGCUCGCUCACGGAGAGAGUAAGAAACCUGAAACCACUCAGCCAGUAGUGACGCAGCCAAAUCCGCCAAAGGAAAUUAAUAAUGAGCCCAGACCAAGACAAAGAGAGCUUGAUGUAUGGCAAUCGAGAGGAGAACUUGUGGGGCAGCAUUCCGCUCUAAAAGAUAUUAUAGAGAAAUUGAAGAGUGAAGCCAGUAGAUCAAACGUAGAAAGAAUGGACGCUUUAAAUGAGCUAGACAAACUGAAAGAAGAGCUCCGACAAAGAUCAUUAGUAACAGCCCAGAAAAAUCAGUUCUCUAUAGCUCAAGCUUUCAGGCCUUACUACUACAGCCAGCCAAUUCUUGAAACCAAGCCCAAUUUUGCGCCUUCAAACUCCUAUCACAUCAGCUCGAAUAGUGAAUUUAUUCCUUUUCAAAACAGCUCAGCUCCAGUCUCAGUCAAAAGGAACAUGUCAGGAUAUCAGCUUUCCAAGCCUUCAGUAAAAAAUGAUUACUCAUAUAUUAAAUCUGCUGAGGUCAAAAACCAGCUUGAAAAUCUAGACUUGCUGAUAAACUACACUCUUGCGCCUUCACCCAUUCAACCAGAGCCAAUAAUUGAUAGUUUUACAGAGUCAAAGGAAAGAGAAAUGGAUUCCAGAUCAGACUUCAAAGAGCUUUAA